AUGGCAAAAACGACCAUGGUCGGAAGUGAAUCAACAGAUAGUGGUCAGGGUGUUUGUGGUGCAAUACUGACCCUGUUAUCAUUAGCAGUGGCAGCAUGCACAUUUCCUUUCUCGUUAUUUUUCUGCAUUAAGGUCGUUCAGGAAUAUGAAAGAGCCGUCAUUUUCAGAUUGGGUCGUUUAUUGCAUGGAGGAGCAAAGGGCCCUGGUAUAUUCUUUAUACUGCCCUGCAUUGAACACUACACGAAAGUGGACUUAAGAACGCUGACAUUCGAUGUGCCGCCACAGGAAGUGUUGACUAAGGAUUCGGUGACAGUGUCUGUGGACGCUGUGGUGUACUAUCGCGUACACAACGCCACUGUUUCGGUCGCUAAUGUGGAGAACGCUCACCACUCGACCCGACUUCUGGCCCAAACGACUUUGAGAAAUAUGUUGGGAACUCAUAAUUUACAUGAAAUUCUUUCCGACAGAGAAUCCAUAUCCAACUCAAUGCAGACUUAUUUGGAUGGAGUGACCGAUGUUUGGGGUAUCAAAGUAGAGAGAGUAGAGAUUAAAGACGUUCGCCUACCCGUCCAAUUACAACGCGCUAUGGCAGCUGAGGCUGAAGCUGCCAGAGAGGCCAGGGCUAAGGUGAUUGCGGCCGAAGGCGAGCAGAAGUCCGCCCGCGCUCUUAAAGAAGCGGCUGAAGUAAUAGCUCAAAGUCCGGCUGCACUUCAAUUGAGAUAUUUGCAGACUCUCAACACUAUCUCUGCUGAAAAGAAUUCAACCAUUAUUUUCCCACUUCCUAUCGAUUUCCUCAGCCAUUUCAUUAGAAAAGGUUGAAUUCCCUACACUUUCCCCACACAACUCUAAUUUAAUCUGUCCAUUUGUCUAUCAAUCUCUCUCUCUCUCUCUCUCUCUCUCUCAUAUGUUUUUACUCUCAUUACUUUGAAACUCAC